GAGAAACCCUGGCUCACAUGGGAAAGAGGAGAGAAGUUAUUUAUUUAAGUUUUUAUUACUCGCGCAGCCCUCGACUUUCAUCGACUUCAUUUCCUCUGCUGUGGAUUACUUGAAGCUGACACGCCGGGAUUAACAACAACAACAACAACACACAAAAGGAUAUUUAUUAAAAGCUAUGGUGGCUUACGAUGAACUGGGUAGCCUGGUGCCUAUCAAACGGACUCUGCAGGUCAUAGACUACCAGAACCAAGCCAACAAGGAGUCCGAGGAACCCAGCACAAAGCGGGUCCGUCCUCUCGGCAGGGUGACGUCGCUAGCCAACCUCAUCUCUCCGGUGAAGAAUGGGGCCGUCCGGCGCUUCGGCCAAACCAUCCAGGCCUCUUUCCGGGGCGAUGGCAAGUCGCCGGGCGUGCCCCAGAAGCCUUGCAGCAAAGCGGCGGCCCCCACGCCGCCCAAAAGGAGGAACAGCAUGCUGUGGUCGGAGACGCUAGACGUCCACCAGAAGGGCACUUUCUCUACCAAAGAAAUCAAGCGGCAGGAGGCCAUAUUUGAGCUGUAUCGUGGAGAACAGGACCUGAUCGAGGACCUCCAGCUCGCACGCAAGGCGUACCACGACCCGAUGCUGAAGCUCUCCAUAAUGUCGGAGGAGGAGCUCACGCACAUCUUCGGCAACCUGGACGCCUACAUCCCUCUGCACGAGGACCUCCUGGCUCAGCUCACCGAGGCCACGGGGCCAGACGGCACUGUGGGCCGCAUCGGACAGAUCGUCGUGAACUGGCUGCCGAGGCUCAACGCCUACAAGAACUACUGCAGCAACCAGCUGGCCGCCAAGGCGCUGCUGGACCAGAAGAAGCAGGACCCGCGCGUGCAGGACUUCCUGCAGCGCUGCCUCGAGUCGCCCUUCAGCCGGAAGCUGGACCUGUGGAGCUUCCUGGACAUCCCGCGCUCGCGCCUGGUCAAGUACCCGCUCCUGCUCAAAGAGAUCCUGAGACACACCGCCGCGGAGCACCCGGACGCCGCCAGCCUGGAGGUAGCGAUCACCAUCAUCCAGGGCGUGCUGUCCGACAUCAACAUGAAGAAGGGCGAGUCCGAGUGCCAGUACUACAUCGACAAGCUGGAGUACCUGGACGACAAGCAGAGGGACCCCCUGAUCGAGCAGUGCAAGAGCCUGCUGUGUCACGGCGAGCUGCGGAACAAGAGCGGCACGAAGCUGCAUGUGUUCCUGUUCACCGAGCUGCUGGUUCUGACCCGCCCCGUCACCAGGAACGAGCGCCAGUGUUUCCAGGUGUACCGGCAGCCAAUCCCAGUGCACGAUCUCCUGUUGGAGGACCUGCAGGACGGAGACGUCCGAAUGGGCGGAUCCUUCAGAGGCGCUUUCAGCAACUCGGACAAAGCCAAGAACAUUUUCCGCGUGCGGUCUCAAGACCCGAACCAGGCGCAGUCCCACACCCUGCAGGUCAACGACAUCUUCCACAAGCAGCAGUGGCUGAACUGCCUCCGCAGCGCCAUCUCCGUCCACCAGCCGCCCGGCGAGCCCUCGGCGCCGCCGCCGGCAGCGAGCUCCGCCCGCUCCAAGCGCCGCCCGUCCUCCGUCUCCGCCAUCGUCCACAUGGAGGAGGCGGACGAGAACUGCCCGAGGCCGACCUCUCGGUCCGCCCCCUGCACGCCGUGCAGCAGCACGACGCCCAGCCCCACCACGAAGUCCCCCUUGUCCCGCUCCUCCUCGUCGUGUUCGACGUCGACGUCCUCCUCCUCGACGUCGCCGCUGUCCUCGCUCACGUCGCACAAACCCAAAAAGGACAAGAGGUCUCUGUGCUCUCUAGGGAAGAGGAAAGAGACGAUGGUGUGAAGUGUUGCGCAAAAGGAGAAAAUGGACUCCCGGGUGGACGUUUGUGUAAAUGUUGAAGCAAAACAGCGAGGAGGAGCGUGGGACUUGUAUUUAUGUGUGUCUGCGUGCGUAUUAUGAAAACAGUGUUCUGUGUUACUGUCCUCUUCGGCAGCUAUUUAUCUUACCCCCCCCCCCCCCCCCAACCUCCAUCCAAGUGCGUCCCACAGAGACCCAGUAUUCUGGACAGACGAUGCACGGCUUCCCCCAGCUCUGAAAAGGGGAAGCCCAACGAGAAGCAAACACAUCUCACACACAAAUCUGUGUGUUGUGUGGACAAGGAUAGAGGUGUUGCAUUCAAUCCUGUCGACUGUUAAUUUGAUAUUUAAGCAUUGUUUUAGACCGUUUUCGGGGGCGCCUGAUGAAAGUUUUACAUUUUUAUAUUCUAAAAUGUAUUGUAGUCUUUGAUAGGCAUCAUAAAGCAGCACUGUCUUAGCUUUUAGGUGAAGUUAUUUGAAAUUGUGAACAUGUUUAGCAGGCAAGAAAGGAGGACAAUUCCCCCCAAAAGAUGAUGAUGAUGAUGAUGAUGAUGUACUACACAAAGCAACAAAUCUCUCUGUAAAAGUCUGAUUUUGAGGUUAAUAAGAAGACACGUCUUAUUUGUAUACAUUCCUAUAAUGACAGAUUCUAGGACCUGGACACUUUUAUUUCUGCAUUUACUGCAGUUCGAGGCAUUUAUUUAAAUCCAGAGACAGAUGAGACGUCCGUCUCUCUCUGUUUG